AUGUAUCUUGCUAAUUGUACAAGACCUGAUAUAGCUUUCUCUGUCAAUUUAUUAGCAAGGUUUAGUUCUGCUCCAACAUAUAGACAUUGGAAAGGGAUUAAGCACAUACUCCGCUAUCUCCAGGGUACUAUUGAUAAAAGAUUAUUCUAUUCUAAUAAUUGUGGGUCACAACUUAUUGGUUACGUAGAUGCAGGAUAUUUAUCUGAUCCACAUAAAGCCAGAUCUCAAACUGGCUAUUUGUUCACUUGCGGUGACACUGCUAUAUCCUGGCGGUCAACAAAGCAAACUCUGGUGGCUACUUCCUCAAAUCAUGCUGAGAUACUUGCAAUUUACGAGGCAAGUCGAGAAUGUGUUUGGUUAAGAUCAAUGACACAACAUAUUCGAGGAACAUGUGGAUUAACAUCUAAUAAAGAAAUACCAACAAUUCUCUAUGAAGAUAAUGCUGCUUGCAUCGCUUAA